CCCCCACACCGGGCCACCACCAGUGCACGACCACACGCUCCUCACCGAGUUCAGCCAUACUCUGAACUCUGAAGCGGUGGAAAGCCUGAAGUCGCCGGUCGCUACAUCGCUCGCGGUGGUCUUCUCUUAUCCCGCCCCCCGCCCCCGCGCCUGAGGCCGUCAAGCGGCAGAGGCAACGCCAAUUUCCAAAUCCCAAAACCCCCCGCAGGCCCCGGCGGCGGCUCGCGUUCGUUCGAAUCCUCAGAUCCCCAACGCGCCGCGCGCCACCGGAAUCGGCCCCGCGCCCGUCGCCAGGACCCGAAUCGGAGAGCCGCCGCCCCGGCCCGCGCCGCGCGCCCCCAUGCGGCCGCGCGGCGCCGCGCCCGCGCCACCCGCUGGAGCCGCCGCGCCGGGCGCGGCAGAUGCCUGAGCCGGGCGGCCGCUGCCACGGCGACCUCGGCCUCGGCAAGCGCCAGCUGCUCAAGGGCUGGCCCGACCUGUGGCUGGCCGCGGGGGACGCGCCCGGCCUCCGCGCGCGCCCCAUGGCGGCCGCGACGCCGCCGCCCGAGCCCGACCAAACCCUAGCGCUCCCGGACGCGCUGCUCCUCCGCGUGCUCGCCUGCCUCCCGGAGCCCCACCUCACGGGGGCCGCCUCGCUGGUCUGCAGGCGGUGGACGCGCCUCGCGGGGCGCCUGCGCCGCCGCCUCGCCGUGCGGGACUGGGGCUUCGUCGCGCACCGCCUGCCUUACCGCUUCCCCGACCUCGCGGACCUCGACCUCUUCCCGGCCUCCAUCGCCGCGCCCACCACCACGGCGCCCCACGCCGCCCCCGCCGCCGCCCCGCUCCUCACCUGCGGCGCGGUCUCGCUAACCCUAGACACCAGCGCCGACCCGCCGCUCGGCGCCUGCCGGUUCCUCGACGACGACGCGCUCGACCGGGGCCUCGCAGCCGUCGCCGCCAGCUUCCCCAACCUACGCCGACUCUCCGCCACCGCCGCCGCCGAGUCCGGCGGCCUCAUGGCCAUAGCCGGCGGAUGCCCGACGCUGCAGGAGCUCGAGCUCCACCGCUGUACUGACCUCGCCCUCCGCCCGGUCUCCGCCUUCGCGCACCUCCAGAUCCUCCGCAUCGUCGCUGCGUCCCCUGCCCUCUACAGCACCGGUGAGGCCGGCGGUGUCACAGACAUUGGCCUCACCAUCCUCGCACAUGGCUGCAAGCGGCUGGUGAAGCUGGAGCUUCUGGGUUGCGAGGGGAGCUACGACGGCAUCGCGGCUGUGGGGCGCUGCUGCGCCAUGCUUGAGGAGCUCACCAUCGCCGACCACAGGAUGGACGGUGGGUGGCUUGCCGCACUUGCCUUCUGUGGGAACCUCAAGACCCUGCGCCUGCAGGGAUGCAGCCGGAUUGAUGAUGAUCCCGGGCCGGCUGAACAUCUUGGGGCUUGCCUCACGCUCGAGAGCCUGCAGCUGCACCGGUGCCAGCUGCGUGACCGACGCGCCCUCCAUGCCCUCUUUCUGGUCUGUGAGGGCGCUCGUGAGAUUCAGGUCCAGAAUUGCUGGGGCCUGGAAGACGAUAUGUUUGCCUUGGUUGGCCUAUGCAGGAGAGUAAAAUUUCUGUCAUUAGAAAGGUGCUCACUACUAACAACUCAUGGUCUAGAAUCGGUUGUCACCUCAUGGAGCGACCUGCAGAGCCUAGAAGUUGUCUCCUGCAAUAAAAUCAAGGAUGAGGAAAUAACACCUGCCCUUUCAGAACUAUUCUCCAAUCUCAAAGAGCUGAAGUGGCGGCCCGACAACAAGUCACUUCUUGCUGCGAGCCUUGUAGGGACGGGAAUGGGGAAGAAGGGCAGGGUAUUUUUCAAAAGGCAGAUCUUACCGGCCCACCAACGGAUCAAAGGGAAGGUGCUCAACUAUUCAGCAGGUGUUGCCGCUUAGUGGAUUGCUGCUAGUCAGGAACAUUGCACGCUCUUGCAAAGUUAUUCGUGCUCAGGAGCCAAAUUCGUCGAACUUCAGACAAAGGCAGCCAAAUUUCUUGACACUCAAAGGGGCUUGUACACAAAGUCUGGCACCCGUUCUUGAACUUCAGAUCAAGUACACAUCAUAACUAGUCAGGACCUGUAGUUAGAAGCACAUUUUCGGUACCGGGCGCCCGAUUGUGUUUGUACCUGAGUUGUAACUGACAAGCUGAGAUUUGCUCUGAAGAGCCUGACUAGAGUAUUUAUGUAUGACCAAAAGCAUUCCUUCAUAAAUUAUGCAGACUUUGUUAGCCAUUGAUUAA